UCUUCUGGAACUGGAGAAGAAGGCCCCACCCCUUUUCUGAGGCAAGCUUACCCAACCCUUUCUCAUUCCUCCACCCCAGGCCUAAAGCAGGUGAUCUGAUAAGAUGUGGUAGGUUUAAGCGCACUGCUGAGAAAAGAAUAGUAGAGUAACCAGAGGCCUCCUACAGAUAUAGCAGCACCGUGGUGACUUUAGCAUUUCUUCCAGAGACACCUUGAGCUACACAUUAUCUGUUUCACUUUGAAGAAGAUUCAGGAUGUCUGACUCCACCUCCGUUAUGGAGUUUAGUGGGACGCAUCAAGCUUUCCGAGACCGCUGGGCAAAGACAGAUAACGAGAUGUGCAAGCACAGCAUGUCUUUCCACUUGCACAAUACGCUGAGGAAGGAGUUCUUCGCCAGUUACCUGUACCUCCUGGAACAGAUUCCUCUGGUGAAACUCUAUGCUGUGACUUGUGAGUACAUUAAAGGGGAGAAGCAGUUUUACUACAGGGCACAAAACUUCUACAAGGAUGUCCCGGCAUCAGAGGAGGGCAUGAUGGGAGAUUUUGUGGAGAUAUCGGAGAUUGACCUUGAAGGCUCAAGACAGUUCCUGAAGAAGUUUGUUGGUCCAGGAAAGGCUGGCACCAAGCGGGCACUGGACUGUGGCUGUGGAAUCGGGAGGGUGUCUAAAGGAGUUCUGUUUCCUGUGUUUGAAUCCAUGGAGAUGCUUGACAUGAUGGAAGAGUUCAUCCUCCAUGCUCAUGAGUGUUACCUCGGAGAUUACGCAGACAGAGUUGAAGCAUACUACCUUUACAAUCUGCAGGAAUUCAUCCCACCUAAUAAGAGAUACGAUGUCAUCUGGCUGCAGUGGGUUGCCUGUCAUCUUACUGAUAAGGACCUGACAGAGUUUUUAAUGCAUGCUAAGCAGAGCCUGAGGCCGAAUGGUGUGAUCAUCAUAAAGGAUAACAUGGCGCGGCAGGGCUGCAAGCUGGAUCCCAUUGACAGCAGCAUUAUUCGCCAUCUGGACAUCAUGAAGAACAUCAUUCAGACUGCAGGCCUCACCAUACUGGACGUGGAAAAGCAAGAAGGCUUUCCUGAGGUCAUUGUGCCUGUAUGGAUGAUCGCCAUGCACUAAAGCAGAGUAUUUUUUUUAGAUGAAUGUGUUGCACCUAUGUAUAGUAUAUAAUAUAAAUGCAUAAAAUUAUAUAUUUUUUUAAUUCCAUUUACCAGCUGACCUGUAGUAAUUUCAGUGUAAGGAAUCAGUGUUUUUUUUAUUUUUUGUGAUCUUUCCAGUAACUUUUGCAGUUUCGGAAAGCAAUUGAAGCAGGCUAUUUUGUUUCUACUUCAUAAACAUCUACGGUUAAGAUCACGUACGUAGAAGUGCAAAUGUGUUAUUUUGGCUUUGACAGAAAUCUGUGGUGUAGAUUUAUAUAUAUAUAUAUUUCCAUUUUUGUUGAAAUGUAAUAAAUAGAUGUAUAUAAUUGUAUCACGCUUUUCAAAAGAUGUAGUAUUUUGUACAUUUAUUGUAGUAUCAUAAAGAAAAAUAAAUUAUUUAUUUAUUUUUUACAAGAAAAUAAUGCUGUAACUGAAAGAAUUGUGUCAUUAGUCUCUUUCUUUUUGUUAUUUAGAGUACAAAAUGUUAAUCAUUCUGAGUAAUACAUUUUUAAAAAACUGUAUCAAUGACAUUUAUUUUAUUACAACAAAACAUCAUAACAAUAAAGAAAUAAAUCAUUGAACCGUAUUAAUGAACAUUUUCAGAGAUGAUGUCUACCAAAUGCUUUAAGUUGUUGGACAAGUAUGUCUUUUAAACAACAACGCUUUCCAGGUAAAAUGGGCAAAUAUAAAAUAACUUACAGUCCUAGAGGAUCUUUGCUUGCGUACAAUGCUGAAGAUAUGACGAUGAGCAUUUGUUCGAUAUUUCUUGUAAGUAUUCUUUGUGUCUCUUAAAGCAGAUCUCUGCUUCACAUAUUUAAAGAACUGAAGGAAUAAAUAAUGUCAAAAAGUUCAAAACUUCAUUGUAUUUUCCCAACCAUGAAAAACCACACUGUUUAGGUAAAUGGCUCUCAGAUGGUGUCUUUGUAGAGAGGAAGGGAAUUAUCCCUGGUUUUGACAGACUACUCUUUUGUAUCUGCCUUGGGCUGUGUCCAAAUCUGUCAGAACGCAUCUGCAUAAAGAGCAUCAGCAAGUCACCUCAAAUAUUGAGCAUGUAAGCCUCACAAAGAUGUCUUGAGCAGUGCAGUGUAAAAACUCAAGCAGGUCCUUUUCCCUGUGAAUAGGCGGUUUGUUGGGGGAAAAAACGCAAACACUCACAGCACGCAAUGCAGUCAG